UGGAUCCAAGUCCCUCCCAGACAGAAGCUGGGGCAGCCUGCCGUCAGACUUUAGUCCAGUCGAUGUCAGAAUUUCUUCAUAAGUCGUUUUUGUUUCCUGAACGUUUUACCGCGUCACAGAAACGGUAGAAAGAUUGGGUCGUCCUUACGCAUGAAGUCAAACCUCCGGCCGUGCAUCAUGAAGGUACCUUUUGGCGCUCUGGUGAUCACUGCUGGUGUUUGCGGCAUUCUCAGCUUCGCCUUUUUGGCGACGUCCCUCGGAACCGAUCAUUGGUACAUCAUAGAGAUGAACCCGAUGAAUGCGACUGACUUUGAGGAUGUAAGCUCUCACUCAGGGUUGUGGCGCAUCAACGAAGGCGGAAAGAUCCAGGCUGAGUCCAUUGAUUCAUUUUCUGGAGAUUCCUCCAAAUACACCGAGACUGAGCUGCGCAUUCUGAGCAUGCACGGUGCCAUAGUGGUGAUGCUGCCCUUCAGCCUGGUUCUGUUGUUGUUUGGAGGAAUCUGCGGACUGGUUAGCUCCCUGGCUCGGAGCCCGGUUCUGCUCACCAGCACGGCCUUUUACUUCUUUGUCUGCAGUCUGCUGACUCUGUGUGGUGCAAGUCUCUACAUCAUUUACUCAUACCAGGCACUGGCUGAGACUGAAAGUCUGGUGGGACCCGAAGGUCUGGCCUACAUCCACACCUCCUUCGGCUGGUCUCUAGGUCUGGUCUGGCUCUCCUACGGCUUGGAGCUCCUCACUGGAACUUUGCUGCUCAUUGCUGCACAGAUGACCAAGCUGCAGCAAAGAGGUCCCACCAAGGCCUGAAACAGCUCUCCACACCCUGAUGUGCAAAAAUGAACCUGAAGCCAGAGUGAACUCAGAAGAACACCUACGGUGGAUGCAUCUGCCAUAAAAAAUUAACCUGCAUCUUUGCAAGUGGUGCAAGAGUUUCCCAGGAAGCAAAGAGUGAGUGAGGUGUGAUCAGUUGUCCCCUCUAGUGGUGUGUAUUGAGGUCACUUUUCAUUUAAUGUUGAUCAUUCUGUUUUAUUUGUGGCAAACAAAUCCUGAGUUUGAUGUAAAAAGUAAAAUCUAUAAAGUUGUCUUUAAGAUCAUACUUCCCAUAAAACUUUCCUCUCUUUUCAUCAUGUGAGUCCUAUUGGCUGUUUUCAGUUGGAUAAAGAACACAAAGUGUUAAUUGUUGACAUGUGACAUCGUACAGUGUGAUUAAAAUAAAUUUACUGAAACAUUAUUAUACAAUUUUGUUACAUGUAACAACUUAAAAUGUCACAGUGCUGCACCAUUUAUCCUUUUUCAGAGUUUACUGUACAGUUUUAUUCAUAUUUUAACUUUUCCAUGAAUUGAUGGGUAAUAACUUUAAGGGAUUCUAUUGUGAUUGUAUGGUGAUAGACCCAGGGUACUAGUGCAUGAUUGUUUUUAUUAAAUAAUAGUAGUUAAUAAAAAUCUAAAAACUGAA